AAACCACAUAGGAUUUACUUGGCUCUAUUUACAGAUACACAACAGGGAUUAAUAAGAUCUGAUCUUAAAGCCAGUAUCAAGGGUUAUUAAAAUUCUUAAUCAUGAUUAGGUAGACUAAGAUGACACCAUUUUCUCUCACUUUUCCCCAACUUUAUCUCUCUGCUGCAUAAAUGCACAUCUCCUUAGACCAACUUGACCCCUUCAAAACACUACCAACUGCUGCAUAGGCAUUAGCCCUUCUCUCUCUCUCUCUCUCUCUCUCAAAUACAGAGCUGGGCGUGUCACCUUUUCUUAUGCACAUAAUUGGAAGAAAAUUUCUGGUCCUUUUGGCUCUUCUGGAUUCUUGACAAAGAUGACUAUGCAAAGUUACUCCUAGCUCCAGAUUUCAGUCAAGAUAGGUUCUUUUCUGCUUGGUUGUGGUUCCAAAGGAGGGAAAUUUCUAUCCUGCUAACGAGGACCAUUUCUGAUUAAGAAGCUGAGAAUCGUUGAGCAGCUGAAAAAGGGUCUCUGAUUCGGAUAACAGCCACUCUCAUAAACAAAUAAAGAUAUGCUCUUUCUGUGUCCCUUUCUAGCUGGAAUCUUCACAACAAUUCUGUAACUUAAACGACCUACAAGUACCACCUUUCUGUUCUUCACACCAGAAAAGAACGACUGUGCAACCAAAGAGCCCUUCGCUUUCUCUGUUUUUUUCCAUUCAUUUUUUUCAACUUCCAUCUCAUCAAGCAAGCUGCUAAAAACCCACCAGAAAUAUGCAUCGACAUCUACUCGGCACAGAGCCCAAUACGGCGCCGUCCUUUGGGAACAGGACAGAUUCAUACAUUAGCGAGGCCAACUUUGACACCAACAUGGUGAUCAUAUUGGCAGCCCUGUUAUGUGCUCUGAUAUGUGCACUUGGGGUCAACUCAAUUGUCCGCUGUGCCCUGCGCUGCAGCUACAGGUUUGCUUUGGAGACGCCGGAACAAGCAGCUGCAAGGUUGGCAGCUACAGGCCUGAAGAAGAGCCAUUUGCGCCAGAUCCCGAUUGCUGUUUAUGGCUCCGGCGUGGAAAUUCCGGCCACAGAAUGCCCAAUUUGCCUUGGAGAGUUUGAAGAUGGAGAAAAGGUCAGGGUGCUGCCAGAAUGCAAUCACGGAUUUCAUGUGAGGUGCAUAGAUACAUGGCUUCUGUCCCACUCCUCCUGCCCAAACUGUCGACAUUCACUGCUUGAACUGCACCAUCCCAAAAAGAGUACCAGGACUAAUAGUCCCAGUACUGCUGAUGCAAGCCAAAAUCAAGAAGCUGCUGCUGUUGCUGCAGCAGAGCCAUCAAAUUCAACCAAUGAGCCCAACCAGCAAGGCAGAGUUGUCAUAGUCAUUGAGCAGGCAAGUUAAAUUAAACCUGCCAACAACAAAAAGUCGAGAACUUUAUGGUGGAGCUUCAAAAUUUUACAGGGUAGAAAUAGUUCAAGGUUACAGUAUGAAGCUUAUUGAUCUAAUUUUGAGGAGAGACCAAAGUAGCAAUUAGCAAAAUGCUUGGAGGUUUUUAUUUUUAGCUUGUAAUUUUGUACAGAGCAUGAUGAGAUCACUUUGAUGAAAAUCGUCUUCUGGUGCACUUUUCUGAUCAAAUGUUUCAGUAAAUCAUCAAACAAUUUUAGAAAAGAA